AUGGUCAAGACAGCAGAACUCAAGGUGGACCAGUUGAGAUAUCUUGCAGCUGCGGGAUCCAGACCAGAGUUAGUACAACGACUAGUUGAAUUUGAGGAAUCAGAAGACGUGGAGAUGCCACAAGCUAGUGGAAACGUGAGUCAACGAGAGGAAUCGGUGACGUCGCAAGCAGCAGCUAUUUCACAACUGCAGAAUGAAAUGACCGAGCUGAAGAAUAUGAAGAUGGCGCAGUUGGUGAGCAUGCAGAGGCCAAAUGCAGAUGAUGGUGUUAAUAGGCAGCAACGCACAGAGGAAACCAGGAGGAAUAUCACAGGAGACGAUAUUCCUAAUCUACAAGCCAGAAACAACGUUAGACAAGCGUCGGUAAAGGAAAUCGCAGACACUUUGCCAGAGUUUAAUCCAGGAGACGAGAACGCUAUAUCAGUGAACCAAUUCAUCGAUCGUGUCAACAAAGUGGUUGGUGCAUAUCAUUGGGACGAGACGUUUUUGUUAUUGGCAAUUUAUACAAAGAUCAAGGGACCAGCCAAGAUGUGGUUUGAUUCUUCGCCAGUGGUGCACACUACGUGGAGUGACUUCGCGCAAGCUAUGAGGGAUGAGUUUGGAGCAAGCCCGGACGAAGCGGAAGUGCAUUUCAACAUGACUAAUGCAACUAGACGAGCAAAAGAAACAGUGAAGGAGUAUUGUUUCCGGAUGUCAGCCCUAGGAGUGCGGUACAGUCUGAGCGAGGCAGCGGUUAUCAGAUAUGUUCGCGCAGGAUUACAGCACCGAGAGUUGCAAAACUGCAUUGCAGCGAUACAUUUUUCAACAAUGAAGCAGCUUAGAGAUGCAGCCGAAUCUUAUUUCGUAAACAGAGGUCGGACAACAGCAAACAAAAAGGAGUUUGUGCCUAAAUACAACAAGUUCGAGAUGAAACAGGACAGCGAUGUGAAGACAGCAAAGCCAAAGGAUUUGAAGACAUGUUUCAAGUGUGGAGAGUUGGGACACUUUGCCAAUUCGUGCCCAAAUACGGGUAGCCAAGCUAGUAUCAUUCGACAGUCAGUUGCGGAUGAAUUAAAGGUAGAUCGGCAUGAGUGCUCUAUGAGGAUUAGAGGCAUAUGUGGAGGAUCGUGUAUUCUUUCUGAAGAAGUCGUUAUCCAUAUGGACGUUGAAGGGAAGACCAUUGAUGCCAAGUUAUACGUAGCAGACGACGAGCUUUUGCAAGAAGACCUUUUGCUGGGACAGGAUGUCAUUGUUAGCGCCCAGUUAUCCCUAAAGUUUACGGCAGAGGAUGUCGAAGUCAAGCGAGCGGUGCAGCAAGCAGAAACUAUUGGAAGCGAACGUGGUACUCAUAAGCUUCUUGUUAAUAUACAAAACAAUCAGGAAAGAAGUCAAAUGAAUCAGUUGUUGAGCAAGUUCGAAGAUGUCUUCUCUACAAGAUUGCAAGGAAUAGGAAAAACAAACAUUGUCCAAGCCAAAAUAGAUGUUGAGAGCAACCAAGUAGUUUCCCAGCCACCAUACAGAAUUCCCGAGCCAAAGAAGGAAGUUGUCGCCAAGAUGUUGGACGAGUUAUUGCAGCAGGAUAUUAUCCAACAAUCUACGUCAGAGUAUGCUAGCCCUGUAGUACUCAUCAAAAAGCCGAACGGUAGUGACCGACUAUGUGUUGGUUACCGCCGUCUGAACAAGCGGUUAAAAAAGGAGAAUUUUCCGGUUCCGAAUAUCGAAGAGCGUCUUCAAGAGGCGAAACGAUAUUAG